AUGGAGGGGUGGAUAAACUUUUAUUUCAUAGCCCUACCGAUGCUACUGGCUCUUGGUUUUCUCAAGCUCUUGGGUCGCAAGAACAGGCCAAAAAAGAACCUCCCUCCAGGUCCAUGGAAUCUGCCGAUCAUCGGCAGCCUCCACCAUGUCUUCAGCGCCCUUCCGCACCGCAAGAUCACGGAGCUGUGUCACCGUCACGGGCCUUUGAUGUUCCUAAAGCUAGGCGAGAUCCCCAUGGUGGUGGUCUCCAGUGCCGAGGUGGCGGAGCUGGUGCUGAAGACCAACGACCCUCUGUUCGCCGGCCGGCCGAGCAGCGUGACACUAGACAUCGCCUUCAAUGGCAAGGGAAUCGCAUUCGCCCCCCACGGUGACCAGUGGCGCCAGAUGCGCAAGGUCUGCAUCAUGCAGCUCCUCAGCGCCAAGCAGGUGAAGCGCAUGGAGGGCAUCAGGACUGAGGAGAUGGGCAACCUCCUCCGCUCCAUCACCGCCUCCAGUAGCGCUGGCACCACCGUCAACGUCAGCGAGAAGGUAGCCGCACUUACCACCGACCUGUUGACAGGGGCGCUCUUCGGCGCCAAGUUCACAUGGCAGGACGAGUACCUCCACGAGUUCAGAAAAACAAUGGAGCUUGUGAGUGGCUUCUGCCUCGUCGACAUGUUCCCGUCCUCAAGGCUGGUGCGGUGGCUCAGCAAUGGGGAGCGCCUCGUCAGGAGGAGCUGCGACCGCAUGCAGCACAUCAUCGCCGGCAUUGUCCAAGAGCGCAACGCCGUGCGAGCUGCCCGCCGCAGCGCCUCCAGCACAGACGACGAGGACCUGCUGGACGUACUGCUAAAUCUGCAGCACGAGGACUCACUGCCGUUCCCUCUAACCACAGAAAUUAUAGGCUGCGUCUUGUUUGACAUAUGUGGCGCUGUCGGAACUAUAUCAUCCAUUCUCGUGUGGGCCAUGUCAGAACUCGUUUGUCAUCCUGACGUUAUGUCUAAGGCACAACAAGAGGUCCGUAAGGUCCUAGGCAAAGACCGAGCAGUUAUAUCUAAUUGCGACCUUGCUCAACUCCACUACAUGCGGAUGGUUGUCAAGGAGGUUCUCAGGUUGCAUCCACCUGGUCCUCUACUCCCUCGCGCGACGAGAGAGGACUGCAAAAUCAUGGGUUAUGACAUGCUUAAAGGCACCAAUGUUUAUCUUAAUGUCUUUGCAGUUUCCAGAGACCCAAAGUAUUGGGAAAGUCCACAAGAGUUCAAUCCCGAGAGGUUCAAGAACAACAGCUUGGAUUACAAUGGAACACAUUUUGAGUUCAUUCCCUUCGGGGCUGGGCGGCGGCAGUGCCCCGGAAUGAAAUUCAGCUCGUCCGUCAUGGACGUCGUACUGGCAAACUUCCUGUAUCACUAUGACUGGAUGCUUCCUGAUGGGGUUACCCUGGCUUCGAUUGACAUGUCCGAGAAAUUUGGGUUGACGUUAACAAGAAAGUAUGACCUGAAACUCAGAGCAAUCCCACAUGUGGGCUCUAAAUCUAUGCCGUCAAAGUGAGCGAGAAAACAUGAAUGUCUAAUUUGAAAUGUAUGAUGGCAUACGUGGGCACCUCCAGCACAUGACUAUAUUAAUCUCGUUGUAACAUUAUCCUUUAUCGGGGAUAUUUGGCAUCCACUUUUGCUUGGCGUAUUCAAUUUCUUGUACUCUUUUUUCAA